UAUUAAGCCGCCGUCGCAGCGUGUAGCGAGCAUGCGCGCUGAUCUUUAUCUUAUUACCAUAUAUUUUUCCGUUAAACUUUUGUUUUUGUUUUUUUUUUUUUAAUUAAUUUAUACAUUUUAUUCACACGUGUUCGUCGACCGUACCGUAUCUUGGUCGAUCGGAAAUAUUAUCUAUUAUUUUUUUUGUUGUUGAGAUAUCGUAUGGUUGAACAUCAUACGAAUCCCUGUAUGUCAGUAACGUCAUCCCGUUACCGAGAAUCGCCUAUCUCCGUUAUACUGGUCCGCCAUUGUCGGAAUUCGAUUGAUUGCAAUAAAAAAGACUGAAGAUGUCGUCCAAACCAAAAGAUGACGAAGUUAAGAUUCCUGAUAUAAUUAUAGACAACAAAACAAACAAAAAAUAUCAAAGAGGAAGUUUUUUGGGCAAGGGUGGAUUUGCAAAAUGCUACGAAAUUGUAGAUAUGCGAACAAAAGAAAUCUUUGCUGGAAAAAUUGUAUCAAAAAAAUAUUUAGUUAAACAUAACCAAAAAGAUAAAAUGACUCAAGAAAUUUACAUUCAUCAGAGACUGAAACAUAAAAAUAUUGUAGGAUUUCAUAGCUUUUUUGAAGAUUCUGAUUUUGUUUACAUAGUUUUGGAACUUUGUCGUAAAAGAUCAAUGAUGGAGUUGCACAAAAGGAGAAAAACACUCACUGAACCUGAAACAAGAUACUAUGUUUACCAAAUACUUGAAGGUACUUUAUUUCUACAUAAUCAAGGUAUUAUUCAUAGAGAUUUAAAACUAGGAAAUUUGUUUUUGAAUGAUGAAAUGGAAGUGAAAUUAGGAGAUUUUGGUUUAGCUGCUAAAAUAGAAUAUGAUGGACAACGCAAAAAAACUUUAUGUGGAACUCCAAAUUAUAUUGCUCCUGAAAUUCUAACUAAAACUGGUCAUAGUUUUGAAGUAGAUGUAUGGUCUAUAGGUUGCAUUAUGUAUACUCUGUUAGUAGGAAAACCUCCAUUUGAAACUAAUUCCCUCAAAGAAACCUAUGCAAGAAUUACAAGGUGUGAUUACAACGUGCCUUCUCAUAUUAAUAAGAGUGCUACUACACUUAUCUGUAAGAUGCUUCAGUCGGAUCCAAAAAAACGUCCUACUAUUUCUGAUAUUAUGAAAGCUGAUUUUCUUACUACUGGCUAUAUGCCGAAGAGAUUGCCACCCUCUUGUUUAACAAUGGCCCCUCGAUUUGAUUCAAUUAAUUAUAGAGAGUCUAUUUCUAAUCGUCGACCUCUUAAUGAACUCAAUAGUCCAAAAGCUACUUCUAUUAAAACUAUGUCUAAGCCUCAGGAUCCAGUAAAUAAACCGCCUAUGUUUAGUGUAACUCAUGGUUAUAGAGCAGCUGAUGGUAAUGGUGUAUCUGUUACUGAAUGUAGAGAAUACAUGAUAUCAUUAGAAAGAGAAUUAGGAAAUCUGUUAAAAACUCGACCUGCUAUGAAAGGAAUGAAAAAUAUGGAAGAAAACACAGAUCCAGCUGCUCAACCUCUUAUAUGGGUCAGUAAAUGGGUGGAUUAUUCAGAUAAAUAUGGCUUUGGUUAUGAGUUAUCAGAUGAUUGUGUAGGUGUUAUGUUCAAUGAUUUCACUCGUAUUGUGCUUCUAGCUAAUUUUAACGACGUUCAUUACAUAGAAAGAAACGGUUCUGAACAAUAUUAUACCACUGAACAUACACCCCCAACAUUAGAAAAAAAAAUGAAGUUACUAAUGUACUUUAGACGUUACAUGAAUGAUCAUCUUAUUAAAGCUGGGGCGGAUAUGUUAGCAAAAGAUGCAGAUCAAUUGAGUCGUACUCCUUACAUGUUUCAAUGGUAUAGAUCUACAACAUCAGUUAUUAUGCAGCUUACUAAUGGCACUUUACAGAUUAAUUUCACAGAUCAUACUAAAGUUAUAUUAUGUCCAUUAAUGAAUGCUGUUACUUUUAUUGAAGACAAUAUAUUCCGUACCUAUCGCUUCAAAACUAUUGCUGAAAAUGGUUGUAGUCCAGAGUUAGCUAGAUGUUUGGAAUAUGCACAUAAAAAAAUUGGUUCUAUAUUAAGAGAAAGCAAAUAAUGAUCUAUACUUGUAGUUUAAAAGAAGAUGGACUGAUUAUUUAUACUUACAAGACAAUAUUAGAGUUAAGCCUAAGUAUCGAGGUGCUAAAUAUUAAAUUGUAAUAAUAGUAAAAAAUUUUUGUAUUCAUUUUUAUGGUAUUAUUCUUUUUGAAUAAGUUAAUUUUUCAUACAAUACAAAGGAAAAUAAUUAUAUGUUCUUAAA